AUGACUGCACCCAUAAAGCCCGAACACAAGAGGUUGACGAGCAGACUACAUGGUUGUCACCGAGCAUCCGAUAUCGCAGGGCUGAUGCGCACCGCGCGAGAUUCCAACAGGCUCGAUGGCGUUUUGUGGGCCGCAGCUGUGCAACGGAUGAGUGCGGUCGAGAAGAGGGGAAACACCGAAGCCGUGAGACAAGGCUGGGAGUUGCUGAUGGCUAUGUCGGAAACACACCUUGUCACUCUUGGGCACAGGGAGCUGGCUGUCAUCGCUGUUGCCAUUGCAAAGUCUAAGCAUGCAAAAGGCAAAGAAAGGUUUCUGGAAGAAGUCCUUCAGAUGGCUUUGAUACCCAAAAGUGAACACGGCCUGUUGUCCAUUCGCCAUCUUGCAAACCUGUCCUGGGCCGCUGCGUCCACGAAGCUGUCGGCUCCAAAGCUUUUUGAAGCUGCAGCUGGUGCCGUUGGAAACUCUCCUGGCUUGUGCAACUCGCGUGACGUUUCUCAACUGCUUUGGGCAUUUGGCCGGGCAAGCCACUCACAGCUGGGGUUGGACGUUCUUGAGAACCUAGCCAAAGAGCAUGUUUCUUCCCAGUUUUUGCCCAGCUUUGGUGACCACGACAUGGCAGCUUCGGUCUGGGCCAUAGCAGUCUUGGCAUCUCAGAGGAGCCUUGAAGAAAAAAGCAGGCGUUUUAUCUGGGAGCUGGCUGCCCACGCAACUGCACGCUCCUCCGAAUUCUCUCCGCAGGGCCUGUCGAUGCUGCUUUGGGGCACAGCCACUUUGCUCUCGCGGGGAGUUGACAUGCCCAGUGCUGCGCUGACGACCGCUUGUGGGCCGCAGAUCGUCGCGCUUGCUUCCAAGUUCACUCCACAGGGGGCUGCCAACAUUCUUUGGUCCUUGUCAACCAUGGCGAAGAUCGAUCACGAGAAGGCAGCAGGAGAAAUGCUGAGCUUUGAGGAGUUGUCUGCCAGGAUGCUGCCAGGCCAACAUGCCGUCAUGGAAGCUUUGUUGGAUAGAAUCCUGAAGAAGAUUUUCGAAUGCAACGGGCAGGACAUUGCCAAUUCCCUGUGGGCCGUGGCCAACACCAGCCAUUUGGGACCCUCCGCCGUGAUGCUGUUUGACCAGAUCACCCAGAACCCUGAUGUAGUUCCUGUGCACCUUUUCUCGGCGCAGGAGUGUGCCAACUCCCUGUGGGCUUUGGCUCGGAGUCGCUGGAAAGGGGAUCCGCAUUUGCUGGUACUCAGAAUUGCUAGCAGAAUGGAAGCUCUGAAUGAAUGGGAUGAGCAGAGCCUGUCCACUGCUGUGUGGGCCCUGGCGGUGUUGGGUCAUCGCCAUGCUGCUUUGCCUCUGCUGGCCAACUCACGCCUGGAGUUGCAUCAUCUUCGAACCUUUCCAGCUACCAGCAUGUGCAUGCUCGCUUGGACUUGCGGUAUGCUGAAUAUUCAAGGGUAUCCUGUUCCAGGGCUGGUUGUUGCUCUGCAAAGCAGGGUGCAAGAUCUCAGCAUCAGUCAACUUGCCGUC